UCAGCGCACAAACCAAUCCGCUUUCCGAGACGCGUACUGGCGCUGUCUGAAAGCUCUGGCGGGAGACAACGCUGCUUGUAUUGUCUGUCAGCUUAAGUAACGGGUUUCGUGAAAUAAUAUUUGUUUUACGUCUAUACGUUACUUUAGGUCAUAUUUUGAAUUCUUUUUCCUUUUAAUCUGGGAGGAGAGGCAACCUAGACGUCUCUAUUCUCCUGCUUUAACAGUAUAGUCCGCGGUAUCCGACUAAUAGCUCGCAAGCUAAGAAGUGAAAACAAACCUUCUAAGAGUUUUACUUGAAACUAACGUUAGAGCUAUGGCAAAAGUGCAAGUGUUAAAUGUAGCUGUCCUGGACAACCCGAGUCCAUUUGGAAACCCGUUUCAAUUCGAAGUAACGUUUGAGUGCAUGGAGGAUCUUCCCGAAGAUCUUGAAUGGAAGAUUAUUUACGUGGGCUCAGCAGAAAGUGAAGAGCAUGAUCAGACUCUUGACUCCGUCCUGGUUGGUCCAGUUCCUGCAGGCCGACAUAUGUUUGUGUUUCAGGCAGAAGCUCCAAACACCGCCCUAAUACCUGAGAGUGAUGCUGUGGGUGUCACUGUUGUUCUGAUCACAUGCACAUACAGAGGACAGGAGUUCAUACGCAUUGGCUACUAUGUUAACAAUGAGUACACAGACACUGAGCUUCGUGAGAAUCCGCCCCUCAAACCUGACUAUGGACAGCUCCAGAGGAACAUUCUGGCUUCCAACCCACGUGUAACCAGAUUUCACAUCAACUGGGAGGGAUGUGCUGAGAAAAUGGAGGAUUCAGAGAACGUGGACCCUGCACCCAACAGCAUGCUGCCCCCAUCCUGCACUCCGGGAAAAGCACCUCCACUCGGCCUGCUGCCAGACAACUCCAUGGACUGUUUGUAGUGACGCAGGCUCCUGUGAAUAAUCCUCACAUCUCAAGGCUCAUCCGUGAGCUCGGGUCAAUCUGGACACUGUGGAGGAGAGACGGGAUUAUUCAAACACAUCAGAAAUAAAAAUUAAUCUAAUUAAUCUAAUUUCUUACAGUCGUCACCUAUUCGAAAUAAACCAGUGGUGUGCAGAAUAUGGCAAAUCCUCCGGUAUGCAAUAAACAUGUUUGCUUUUCAGUUCGAAACGUGAAUGGAGAGCUGGUGAGUCAUGAAUCCAAGACAUGAUUUAGGUGUUAGGAUGUGCUGCAUCUAAUGCCUUCAACCUUUUGAUCCAAAACUGAUCCUUUCUCAAACCGAAAGGGGAUGGAAGAUCAGCUCAGCAGACAAGGUGUCAAAUGCAUUAUUCAUUUAGCAGACGCCAUCAGAAAAAUUGUGUAAAAGGUUGCAGCAGACAAUAUUUUUGUAGGUGGGACUGUAUUAUAUUGUGUGUGUGUAUAUAUAUCUGUCUUUUUUGUAUGCCAGUUCUCAAUGAAAUACAUGUUUUGUUACGUGAUAAUGGUCAUUGCAGUUGUUUUACUUUGAUUUGCGUUGUGCACAGAGUGGAUGCAGCUGUGCAGCCUUUUCAUUCAUAAAAAAAAAAGCUGUUGUGUUGCAUUAUGCAGGAGUUCACCAUGUCUGGAGUGACAAGCCGCUUGCUUGUUGCUUGGCAACAUGGACUAUUGCAGCAUCUGUGACAAGACCUCAAAGUAGCUUCUUUCUUUGUUAAAUCGGUGUUUAAUUUAGUGUCACAUUGUGGGUUUUGCUCUUCGUGUUCUUGCACGGCAUUAUUAAUGCAUUUGCGGUUGCUAUGCACAGUGAAGCAUGCAACCUGC